AAGGUGUUGUACUACGAGGCUACGAGGCCAUUUAAUGGCUACAUUUUUCAGAGGUAAACUUCGCAAACAAAAUGCUGCUCGGUUCUGUUCAAAUCGCUGGAGAAGAGCUCAGUAUUUUGGAGAUAAAGGACAUCUGCGAAUCAUUAAACAAUGAUUCAAUACGUUUGCUUUCCCUGCGGGGAUGCCACAUGGAUGAUAGCUGUUUUCAAAAAUUAACAGAAAGUCUAAAGGGAAAUGACAGCCUCGUACAACUCAACUUGAACCUUGGUGUAGUAAAUUCAAAGGAUCGGAUAAGAUGGCUUACUGAAGGCCUUAUACAAAAUGAUUCUCUAACCUCCUUAUUGAUGCAUGGCACACCACUGCAAGAUGAAGGAAUGUCUAUAAUUGUCACAGCACUUGAUGAUCAUCCAAAACUUCAAUCCUUGGAUCUAGGUGACUGUCAGCUAGGUGACGAUGGUUUGGCUAAUGUGUGCUCUCUCUUAUCAUCCAAUGGAAGCAAAGCAGGAAUAAUGGAGCUAACACUUACUGGGAAUCAGGGAAUAUCACAAGCCGGGUGGGCACAACUUGCUAUGGCAAUUGCUAAUGGGUCAUCUCUUGCAAGUUUAUUUCUUGAUUAUAAUAAUAUUGGUGAUUUUGGUGCUGGAGCAUUUGCAGUAGCUCUUGCAGCUUCAAAGAAUAUGAAAGUAGUUGAUUUUGAAGGAUGUGGAAUUACAGAUGUAGGUGCAGAGCUUCUUUAUGACUUAAUCACAACUUACAAUACACCGCUAAGGGAGAUCAACCUUGCAGAAAACAAAAUAAGUGAAGACUUAUUAGAAGACAUAAAAGAUGCAUUAGAUGAUGAUAAACAGAAAGAUUCUUUUCCAAGACGACGGAGCAGUCCUCAAGGAAAAGCAACAAGCCCUGAGUAGUAGCACUCCAUCACAAAUAUAUAGAACAUUAGUCCAAGCAAGAGCAAUAUUAUCAUGCCAUUGAAACUAAUAAAAAGAAUGUUUGUGAAAGAAUACAUGAUAUUACUCUCUUUAAAGUAGAAUAAAGUGUUAAAAUCUACACUGAAAAUGCACAUACAACAACACUUUUGGUCUUUUUGCUUCAUGAGUAUACAAGCAUUUACAAACAAUGUUUGCUAUCAAAUAAAAAAUUUACACAAGAACUCUGAUUUAAUUGUAAAUGCAAAAAUUCAUUGGUAGUUAUAACUGAUUCUACAUGCUUGAUUGUUAUUGUAAAUAUUUAAUAUUUCUUAUAUCACUACAGACAGCUGUUUUCA